AUGCCAUGUCAGUGCAAGUCGCCGAUUGAAAAUAGGGUGUCUACCAAAGACAUUGGAAGGAUCAACAAGGCGAAGCGACAACGUUCACAGAGGAAUGACUCCGCUUCGCAACUCAAUCAUGAUGUAAGCCAGCAAAGCUCGUAUGGGAGCAACACCGGCAUCGAAGCUUCUUUAUCGCACAGUGAAUUAGAUUCAAUGGCAAACAUAGAAGUAUUGUGUCCGCCCAAAUUCUUUUCCUCUGAAGCAAAGACACCAUCAAAACUUGCCACACUGAACCGACCCAAGCCAAGGAUCAAGAUACAGAACUUGACGUACACUUCUCAACUUGUACUACCCGAUUUCAAAACAAAUAUGUCGAGCCAACCCAGACCAGCCAAGUUUGGACGCUUGAAGCCCAAUGGCAAGAAGCCUUCAAUCACCCAAGGCCCCCGAAACCCUCCUUCGAACCCCCGUGAGGUCACCCGCGACCUCGAGACUCAUUCGAAUGCCGAGUCUGAGCCCAAGACUAUGGUGAGCCAAGACAUUCCACGCUUCGAGUUUCACAAGAUCAGGGCGGAGGAAAGAUGGCCCAGAAGCCUAGGCCCACGCCUCGCGCCCGGCGAGACAAUACUCGACAUCGACAUCCGGCCUGGUCUCGCAAGACCAGAUGGCUGGGACAUGUACUAUCUUGGCACCGCACGAAAUCUCGAUUUCAACGCCAGCCCCGCAGUUUUGGGUAUGCCUUCGUCGCGCAUGGGCUAUUACAAUAUCAAUGAGGGGAUUUCGAGCGUAGUUUGUCCGAUGUGUUUUCAGAGCUUUACGACGACUGUGGUGCUGGAGACAGGACAUUGCGAUCUCGGAGGACCUUGUGAGAAUUUUAAGAAGAGGUUAGGGAUAUUCAAGAGAGUUGCGCCGAAAAAGGAGAAGGUGGUUGACGAUGAUGAGUGGAAGAGAUUUUUGGGAAUCUUUAGUACGGCCAAGGAGAGGUAUGGGUUCUGUGAGGAUGACCUGUCAAGGCUUGUAAGCAGUCUGUUAUGGACAGAGGAAAAGCAGUCUUUGUUGGUGGAUGAAAGAGCAUCUGCCAGGAUUGUUGAUGUGGGCAUCUACGCUGGCGUGGAUUAUUGGAGAGCCCACUUUGCAAUGGAAACAUACCCUGAAAGAGCUGCUGGAUACAGCUCCGGUUGA